AUGAAGAAACCCCGGCAGAUCUUGGAGAGCCUCGCUAAGCCCUUUUUACGGCGAUCCGGUGAAGGUACGGAUCACGCGCUUCUUCUUCACCUCCUCUCCGCUCUCCGUCGCGCGGUGUUAGGGUUUGUGAGAUUACGGGAGAUCGCCCCGAGAGACCUGGUUUGUUUCUCCGUUUGAUCUCCCCGUUCUCUCUUUCUUCUUCCUCCGUGCAUCCGUAAUCGGUCUUGACCUGCGUGUGGACAGGCGCGGGGGAGGAGGACUUGCAGUCCAUCGCGGCCAGGGAGCAGAAACAGUUCUCCUACGAUGUCCUCGCCGCCGCCACGCACAACUUCAGCGUCAAGAGCAGGCUCGGUGAGGGAGGUUUCGGGGCCGUCUACAAGGUGAGGGAUCUGUUCAUCUUGUCCUCCGAUUCAUCCAUCCUGUCGAUCAAUCGAUCGGGAAUUUCAUCGCAAGAUGGGGAUCCGGUGACUGAGGGGAAGAUUGAUGGCGGCGCAGGGGCGGCUCGACGACGGGAGGGAGAUCGCGGUGAAGAAGCUCUCGCGGGGGUCGAGGCAGGGGACCAGGGAGUUCAUGAACGAGGCGAUCCUGCUCUCCCGCGUCCAGCACAAGAACGUCGUCAAUCUCUACGGCUACUGCGCCGCCCCCGCCGCCCCCGCCACUGCCGGCGCCGACGGCCACGGCGAGAAACUGCUCGUGUACGAGUACGUCGCCAACGAGAGCCUCGACAAGUUCCUCUUCCGUACGUCGCCUCGCCUUCUCCCUCCUUCCCCCACAUCCUCUGCGCCGUCGCCUUUCCUGAAGGUCGCCGGAGGAGACUUGCCGGCCAAGGCACAGCAUCCGCGAGAUCGAGCAGAGCUUUCUCCAUUUACUCUUAAAACGACGCCCCUUCGCCGUCCGAUCUGGUUUUUCCGCUGACCGAUCGCCGGUGGGUGUGGUGAUGGUGAUGCAGACGCCGAGAAGAGGAGGAUGCUGGACUGGAGGAAGCGGCAUGAGAUCAUCGCCGGCGUGGCCCGGGGGCUGCUCUACCUCCACGAGGACGCCCACACCACCAUCAUCCACCGGGACAUCAAGGCCAGCAACGUCCUCCUCGACGACAAGUGGGCGCCAAAGAUCGCCGACUUCGGCAUGGCCCGCCUCUUCCCUGAGGACCAGACGCACGUCAACACCCGUGUCGCCGGAACCAAGUCAGUGAUUUGCCCCUCCUCUUCCUUCCUCCGCCGCCGCUGGUGGCGGCGCCGCCGGUGAACUUGGGUGCUGACUUCGGUGGUGGGUUGGUGCGCAGCGGGUACAUGGCCCCCGAGUACGUGAUGCACGGGCAGCUGUCCACCAAGGCGGACGUGUUCAGCUUCGGGGUGCUGGUCCUCGAGCUGGUCAGCGGGCGGAAGAACUCCACCUUCACCCCUCGGGGCGAUUCCCAGAACCUCCUCGAGUGGGUAAGCCCGAUCGAAAACUCCCUUCUUCUUCUUCUUCCCUGGUUUUCACCAGCCAGUCUCUGAGACUCGAGAUCCCCCUUGACAGGCGUGGAGGCUGCACCAGAGGAAGCAGAGCCUGGAGGUGAUGGACGAGACACUGCGGCUGCCGGCGGCGGCGGCGGCGGCGGAGCAGCAAAUUCAGACCUGCAUACACGUCGGGCUUCUCUGCACGCAGGCCGACCCCAAGCUUCGCCCCGAGAUGCGCCGGGUGGCGCUGAUCCUGUCCAAGACCUCCAAUAAUACCCUGGAGGAGCCCAUCAAGCCCGGGUUCCCCGGCACGAGGUACCGGAGGUCCGGCGGCGGGACGAGGAGCUCCGCCGGCGACGGCGGCGGCGACCGUUUCUCUCGCUCGUCGUCCUCCGCCUCCCAGUCCACCUUUGGCUCCAACUCCCACCCUAAAACCACGACCACCCCGAGCGCCACCGUCAGCCAUAGCACCAUCCGACUGCAACGCCCGGGGAAAGCUCCGCUGGAGGAGUAG